AUGGACGUGGAUGCACAUGAUAGCCGAAGCGCUGCGGCUAGCGCGUGGAGGAGAGCACAUCAUAAGGAUUACCCACCCUUCUUUAUACCCUCGUAUCUACGACAUUCGCGGCACGUGGAGCGAUUACACCGUGCACACGACGAGCAUAUUGCCGAACUGCAAGAGCAGGCUAGACUGAACCCACCGAACCCGGCACCGUCAUUAUCUACAAGCUCGAGCAAUAACAACCUGCAUAAACUUCAUGCUUCACACGUACAUCAUCGACCAGCAGCAGUUCAAGAUGUUAUCGAGAGGUUACCUCCGCUGGCAGAUGAGGACCAAACGCACCCUUUACCAAGCCGAUGGAGCGAGAGCGACAAGAUGGGUGGGCUGGAGAUUCUUACAGACGGCACGGAGGUACGGUUUGGCGGAGUGACGAAGACGUCGGACGAGGCGGCAUCGAUACGAUCAGACCACCAUAUGCCAAGGGAAUGCGGGUUAUAUUAUUAUGAAGUGACGAUACUGUCGCGAGGCAAGGAUGGGUUGAUUGGGAUAGGCUUCUCAUCUAAGCGAGCUGGUCUGAACAGAUUACCGGGCUGGGAGCAGGAGUCGUGGGCUUACCAUGGAGACGAUGGGUAUAGCUUUGCGUGCACUGCCAGCGGCAAGGCGUACGGACCUCGCUUCUCAAGUGGCGAUGUAAUUGGGUGUGGCGUCAACUUCCGGACGGGCAGUGCGUUCUUCACCAAGAACGGCGUAUACCUUGCAGGAGUGGCGUUUAACGACAUCAAGCAAGAUGGGUUGUACCCUUCCGUGGGCAUGAAGAAGCCUGGCGAGCACUUGCGCAUCAACUUUGGCCACACUCCUUUCGUCUUCGACAUUAACGGCAUGAUGGAGGAAGAACGACAUUCGAUCAUAGACAGCAUCAGAAGGGCUGACGUCUCCACCCUGAGGCCACCUGAUGACGAAAGUACCCUCGUUCACAAGCUGAUCAGUCAGUACCUCGCGCACGAAGGCUAUGUUGAGACAGCCAAAGCUUUUGCACAAGACGUUCAUCAGAAGGAACAAUCGUUAUCAAGCAAUCCGGAGCCUUUUCAACCACCCGACUCAGAAGAUGACAUUCAUGCCAUCAGCCGUCAGAAGAUCCGCAAGUCCAUUCUUGAUGGAGACAUAGACCAGGCACUGAAGUACACUAGCUCCUUCUACCCGCAUGUUUUGGAGGAGGAGCGCAACCGAGACAUCUACUUCCGCCUGAAGUGCCGCAAGUUUAUAGAGAUGAUGCGCCGUUAUACCGAGCUUGUGACCGCUACCACUUCGCCUGCAACCGUGACCAAGUCGAUAGACUCACUCGGCAGCAACGGCCACCCUGAUCUACAUGAGCACUCCGCUCUCGCAGAUACAGCCGCUAAUGGCGACGCUGACGGGGAUGAAGAUGAGGAUGGAGAGCCUGACACGCAGAUGGAGCUGGACGAUCAGCUACAUCGCGAGGCGUCCAAGUCCCUCGAGCCGCCAACAGAUGACGUUGACAUGGAUGCAUCACAAGAGCUGCCACCCAAGACUUCAUACAUGAAGAAGGAUGACCUGCAAGCCGCAGCGCUGAGGUAUGGUCGUGAGCUCAUGCAUGAAUUCGGUGGUGAUCCGCGACCUUCUGUAAAGAAACAGUUGGAGGAUAUCUUUGCCAUCGUCGCGUAUGAGAACCCGGCUGAUAGUCCGAUCGGUGCGCUGCUGGACGCGAAGGGAAGGGUGGGCAUUGCGGAGGAGGUCAACGGGGCGAUACUUGUAUCACUCGGUAAACCCUCCUCCGCAGCGCUGGAGAAGCUGUGCGCGCAGACAGAAGCAAUGCUGGACGACACCGCUGCUAGGGGCGGCGGCGCAGCAGCCUUCGUGAAUGUAGGAAAGGAUUUUCUGGAAGACUAG